AUGAAUUAUGUAAUUUUAUAUUAUAUUAUAAAAAUCUACAUACAAUGGAUAUGCAUCCGAUCAUUUCUACAUCGAAAUAAAAAGCAAUAAAGUAUAAAAUAAUUAUCAUAAAUUGAGUUGCUGUAGUUGGAGAUAAAGGAGUAGGCAAACAUUAAUUAAUAGAAAAAAUGCUGGAUGUUGAAACUAAAGUAAAUGAUCGAGAUAUAAUGUCAAUUGAUUUUUUUAUAUCAUAUAUUUGGAUAGGUGAUUGUCAAUAUUAAACAAUUCAUUAUUGGGUUGUUUCCUUAGAUACAAAUUAAUAACAGUACACUUUUAUAAAUAAGUAAGAUUGAAGUGUAUACCAUUUAUACCUCAGAGUGAUAUUUAUGUUAUAAUGUUCAGCUUAAACUAGAAUAGAAGUUUAUAUAAUGCUCUUCAAGUUUGGUUUUAAUUAAGUUCGUAAAAAAAAAGUGCUUAAUUUAUAUUUUUGGGAAAUGAUAUUGGAAAAUUAAGAUAAUGUGGUUCUUUUAGUGAUAUAAUAAAAAUCCUUAGAAAUAAAAUGAUUAGAUCUUCUCCUAAUUUAGAAGAAAUAUAAAAUGAGUCAUCAUUAAAAGAAAAUAGAAAAACUAUAACAUAUGUUGAUGAUUUUAUUGAUGAGACAUUACCAGAAAAUGUUUAGUAUAUAGAAAUCAAAGAUUAUGAGCAUUAACCAUUUAAGAGGGUUCUUAUAAGUUGCAUCUAAAAUAUUAUAAGCAAUGAGAGACAAAAAUUGUAUUCAAUCAGUGCUCCAAUAUCUCCAAAUAUGAUGCCUUAAUUGUAAAAGUCUAUAUCUGAAUAUGUCCAAAAAACUUAAUAUCUUGAGAAACCUGAACCAUUAAAAGUACUUAAAGAAAAGAGAUAAUCAGAAAUAGUUUAAACUAUAAAAUUAGAUUAUUCUAUAAAUAUUUAACCUAUUUAAACAACGAUGAAUCCUAAUCUUUUCCCGUUAGAAUAGAGCAGCUAUUCUCAAUAGGAUAAAAAAGAAACUGGAUUUUGUUGUUAAUUAAUAUGA